GCAGUCUGCUCAAAAGAAGCGCGCGUUUCGGCGUUUCGUAAUGGAUAGUAAUGUGGAGUAGCGGUGCGAGUAUCUCGACCCAGUCGAAGUCGAAGAAGAGCGGAAAGAAAAGUACGGACGGCGAAGAUGAGAAUCCUCUGGCGGUCGCCGAACAAGCUAAGCUGCUUACGUACAAAGGAGGAGAUAACGCCCGCAGCAACCACGUCAAACAACGCCGACUUGCCAACGACGUUUUGGAGGAGGGUAUUAGCAGCGGUGGACUUGCCGAAGGUUUUGACGAGCCUUCGACAUCAGUCAACCGAAGGCAGACUCAGCAUGAUUGUAAACGCUGCGGCUGUGAGAGAGUUAGAAUCAACGUUAGUGGGCAAUACUUUGAGACCAGAGUUGGUCUGCUCAACCGGCAUCCGGAUACCCUGCUGGGAAAUCCAAAGAAAAGGGCUCAAUUCUACGACAGAACUAGGGAUGAAUUUUUUAUAGAUCGCCACCGGCCGGCUUUUGAGGCGAUAUUCUCAUAUAUACAAUACGGCGGUAAGCUUCGGCGACCGCACAACGUCCCCGACGAUGUCUUCCUGGAGGAAAUACACUUUUAUGAACUCGAAAAAGAAGUUGUCGAGGAAUAUAGACGUUCUGAAGGCUUCAUACCAGAGGAGGUUCUAUUACCUACGAAUCCCUGCUUUAAAAAGGUCUGGAUGCUUUUCGAAUAUCCUGAAACGUCCGCAUUCGCCUUUUUCAUUGCCCUAUUAUCUGUUAUUACUACUGUCACGUCUAUCGUCCUGUUCUGCGUUGAAACGCUCCCCAUUUUCUCCAUGACGCAUUGCGAGGGCAACGAGGCUCCGAACUUUCUCGAUCCGUUUUUCGUUAUCGAAACGAUCUGCACUGCCUGGUUUACGAUCGAAUUGUUCGUCCGUUUUAUCGUCUGCCCGUCGAAAUUAGCCUUCUGGAAGGAUUUUAAGAAUUUAGUCGAUGCAACCGCCAUCAUUCCAUACUACGUGACCUUCUUCAACGUUAUAUCAACAAUGAGUUGCGCAUCAGCCAAAUCUAGCGCCUCUCUCGCCUUCCUCCGGGUAAUUCGUUUAGUUCGCGUAUUCAAAUUGACUAAGCAUUCGACCGGAUUACAAGUACUCGUUCUCACAUUCAAAGCGAGUAUUGAAGGCUUAGGACUCUUCCUCGUCGCGCUCAUCGUUUGCCUGCUCGUCUUCUCCUCAGCAAUCUACUAUGCAGAAUUAGGAGUCACUGGAUCCAAGAUCUCCUCCAUACCCGACGCUUUCUGGUGGGCCAUUAUUACAAUGACAACAGUCGGAUACGGCGACGAAGUGCCUGCCGGACCGUGGGGAAAAUUAAUAGGAUCGGUUUGCGCUAUUGUUGGAGUACUGACACUCGCCAUACCGGUUCCAAUUAUAACAGGGAAUUUCAACCGAUUCUACUCGCAUAAGACGGGUCGUGGCAAACAUACCGGUUGA